GAAAGACAGGUCGGCGGCUGCCUUGAACAGCGACGUGAACUGGCAGAAGAGCAUAGCAUCUAUACUUCCAGCACAGUAGUAUAUGCAACAUGGGUAUCAAACGUGAGUCUGCCGUCUUCGCUCUCUGGCAAAUCGCAACGUCAUGUUGCUCACGAUGAUGCUCUUCUCCCAGAUCUUUAUCAGGUGAUCGCAGACAAUGCUCCCGACGCCAUUAAGACCGGGGAGAUCAAAAAUCAUUUCGGCCGCAAAGUCGCGAUAGAUGCGUACGUUGUUUGGUUUCAAUGUCGCCUUUUGACGGUCCUCAGGGAGAAUCCACAGCUGAUACCACACAGAUCCAUGAGCAUUUACAGUUUCCUCAUUGCUGUUCGUUCCGAUGGCCAGCAACUCAUGAGUGAUACGGGCGAGACGACGUCGCAUUUGCUGGGCAUGUUUUACCGCACUUUACGCAUGGUCGACAACGGUAUCAAGCCUCUCUACGUCUUCGAUGGAGCACCGCCGAAACUCAAGUCCGGAGAACUGGCUAAGCGCUCUGCUCGAAAAUCUGAGGCAACUGAGGCGCAUGAAGAAGCUAAGGAGACGGGUACCGCAGAGGAUGUGGAGAAGUUCUCGCGGCGAACAGUACGCGCUACGAAGGAGCAUAAUGCGGAGUGUAAGAAACUCUUGAAACUCAUGGGCAUUCCAUAUAUCGACGCACCUACAGAAGCAGAAGCUCAAUGUGCUGUCCUUGCAAGGGCGGGGAAGGUCUACGCUGCUGCAUCUGAAGACAUGGAUACUUUGUGCUUCGAGGCACCUAUUCUACUAAGGCAUCUUACAUUUAGUGAACAGCGGAAAGAGCCUAUUCAAGAAAUCCACCUGGAUCGCGCACUGGAAGGGCUUGAUAUGGACCGCAAGCAGUUUAUUGAUCUUUGUAUAUUACUUGGUUGCGAUUAUUUGGAGCCUAUCCCAAAGGUCGGUCCUAAUACAGCCCUCAAGCUGAUUCGGGAGCAUGGAAGCCUGGAUAAGGUAGUCGAAUAUAUGCAGAGCGACCCCAAAAAGAAAUACGUGGUACCCGACAGCUGGCCAUAUGAAGACGCUAGAGAGCUUUUUCUCCACCCGGACGUGAGGGAAGCAAAUGACCCGGCCCUUGAUUUUAAAUGGGAAUCUCCUGACGUUGAGGGUCUGGUGGAUUUUCUGGUGAGAGACAAGGGUUUUAGCGAGGACCGGGUGCGCAACGGUGCGGCACGGCUGCAGAAGAAUCUUAAAACUGCCCAGCAAUCGAGGCUGGAGGGCUUUUUUAAGCCUGUGUCUAGGACUGAGGAGGAAAAGGCGAGCCUCAAACGCAAACACGAAGAGAAAAUUCAGGAGCAGAAGAAGCGGAAGAAGGAAGAGGCCAAGGCGAAGAAGGAGGCCAAAGCCAGACCUCGCGGAGCCGUGUAGGCGACAUAGGAGGAUUCUCAACCGGGUGUUAAAAAAGUAAAAUAGAAAAAUAAAAGGGGAUGAGGGCUCGAACACUGCGACAGUGACAAGUUCACCAUGUCUUUCGAUUCACGAUGGGGUCCAGGCUAGGCGUUAUGUGGAAUUGUGUGAUCUGGCGUUGUCCUGGGAGGAAAAAACCUAAUACUAUCUGGGGUUAGAUCUGUUGCACGCUGUACUAUGACGCUGAGAACAAAAAUGAAUAAAUAUCGAUUAUCU